GUUAAAGUUCAUCUCAUCUCGGCAACUCGUGUAUCAAAAUUUUCUACGAGUUGCCCAGUGGAAAAUACCACAAGAGGGGGUGUUCAUGUGUGCUUCCCAUGUCGGCGUUUGGUAUUUACCAUAAUUCCCAUAGCACAUGAACGCAGCAUAAAUCACACAUCCCCAGACCUCUUAAAGCUGUAAUAAGUCACGUGACACGACUCUGUCCAAUCAGAAUGAAGCAGUCACUUCCGACCCUCGUGUGCAGCUCAAGUUCAGAGUGUGAAUUAGCCACAGGAAGAGCUCAUCACUGUGUGUUGAAAGAUGCACGUCGACAAAUACGUCAUUACUGGGGGCGGAGGAUAUUUUGGCUUCCGUCUUGCAUGCGCUCUCAGCAAGAAGUCCUUCAGAGUCGUCCUGUUCGAUGUGAGGCCUCCGAGUGAAGCAUUACCCGAGGGCGUGGAGUUCAUCCAGGGUGACGUUCGGGAAUUCACCCAGGUGGUAAACGCGUUGCGUGGCGUAGACUGCGUUUUCCACAUCGCGUCAUACGGGAUGUCCGGGAGAGAGCAACUCAACAGGAAGUUGAUUGAAGAGGUUAACGUUCAGGGGACGGAAAACAUCAUUCAGGCGUGUGUGGAUCUCGGGGUUCCUCGACUGGUGUACACCAGCACCUUCAACGUAGUCUUUGGUGGCCAGGUGAUCGAGAACGGUGAUGAAACCCUUCCUUAUCUUCCUUUACACCUCCACCCAGAUCACUACUCCAGGACCAAGUCGGUGGCAGAAACACAGGUGCUGAAGGCUAACGGUGAAGGUGGGGUCUUGCAUACUUGCGCUCUACGUCCAGCUGGGAUUUACGGCCCAGGAGAGGAGAGACAUCUCCCAAGGAUUGUCGGAUACAUCGAGAGAGGUUUGUUUAGGUUUGUCUAUGGGGAUCCUGAGAGUCUGGUGGAGUUUGUCCAUGUUGAUAACCUGGUCUCUGCGCAUGUAUUAGCUGCUGAAGCGCUAACAGAUAAACGUCAGCACCGUGCCGCCAGACAGGCUUACUUCAUCUCAGACGGCCGACCGAUCAACAACUUUGAGUUCUUCAGGCCGUUAGUGGAAGGUCUGGGGUACUCUUUCCCCAAGCUACGGCUUCCUAUUUCUCUCAUUUACUUCUUUGCGUUCCUCACAGAGAUGGUUCACCGCGCCAUCGGACGCGUCUACAACUUCCAGCCUCUUCUGACACGUGCUGAAGUUUACAAGACCGGAGUCACUCACUAUUUCAGUAUAGAGAAAGCCAGAGCCGAGCUCGGUUACAAGCCCGAGGAGUACGACCUGGGAGAAGUGGUGGCGUGGUUCAGGAACAGAGGGCAUGGGAAAAAGCAAGUCACUUCAUCCAUUAAAAAACUCCUCCUGGACGUUGUGUUGUUUCUCAUCGUUGUGGUGUUGGUUCUCUCUUUCCUGCCAGUCGUGGGACAAUAAAGUGUCAAGACGUCCAGUAUGUCUGGUUAAAUUUCUUAUAUAUGGGCAAUUCUUCAGCAGAGAGGCCAAAACUGUGAAAUUAUUAAAGGAGAACUGAAGGCAAUUUUUUUUUUUUAUGAUCAAAAUUCGAUUUCUCUCAUUUUAUUAAAUAUCGGAAUGCGUUUUUGAGAGCUAUUCUGUCACUGCUAUAGCAAGUUAUGAGUGUUUGAAAUAUGCUAUGUAAUAUAUCAGUCCAUAUGUCAAAGCAAUGACCGUAAACGAGAUUCGUUGAGACCUGUGCAAGACAUCGUAGGACGGAAGUAAAACGUACAGCGGAAAUCAAACCUUGUGUCCAAAAUUGCUCACUCGUUCACGACUCCCUAUAUAGUGAAUUACUAUGUAGAAGACUAUAUAUUGAGCUCAUUGGUAAAAUGAAAGAACGCUUUCGGACACUACUCCGUCACACUGGUAUUUACGUCAUUACUGUCGCACAAUUAAAACGUGCCAGAUCAGUCAGCUGGUGGGUUUUCAAAAUAAUAAAUACAUGCAUGUGUGUUUUGUAAUAAAUCCAUAUUAUACUGAGCGCAUUUCCUACAUUAAUCAAUCCAAAGUCCCUGCAUCUUUCAGUUCUUUUAAAUCAAGGCUGAAUCCUUUCUUCUUUGCCGCUGCCUUUUAUUAAAUCAAAUUUGAGACUUUUAAUUUGAUUCUUUCAGCGUGACCGUAAUGCAUGAUGGGAUAUAUUGCUUUGGUUAGUGACCAUCGUUGUACACUACUUUUCGUGAUGCAUUGUGGGAUACUUUGAGUGCACUAUAUAGGGUGUAAAUAUCCUUGGUAAGGUUUCGGACAGCACUACAAAAUGGCGUCCUCACUAUAUAGUGAGUAUGGAGCGAUUUUGGACACAGGGUUUAUCAAAAGACACGCGCGCCCUCUUUCAAAUGUUGAUGUAAUCAAGCCGGAAGUUUUAUUUGUUUUGAUAGCAAUCAGGAAAGUUUGAAAAAAGUAGGCAGUAAUCGUCGUUUAAACUCGUUUUUGUGCAAUAUUUCGUUUGGAAAACGGUUUUCAAAAUGGCGGCACUGACACCUGGCUGACACUUGACGUUUCGAAGUCUCGCACAAGUCUCGUGAAGAUCGCGCGGAUAAGCGACGCCUGCCGUGGACCAAACGAACUAAAUUCAACACGGCUAAAAACCGAAUAGGCCGAUAAGUAUAAUAUUUAAUUGUGAUUAGUUGCCAAUACGAGUCACGAUAUAAGGUUACUAAAACCGAAAACGUAAUUGAAUAGCACGUUAAUUAAGAAAUGAAGCAAGUUUAAAAAUGACUUCAGUUCUCCUUUAAGAUUGCCGUAACUUGUCAGCUCAGUGAUUUUGCUAAAGUAUGGAAUCCAAGGUAAAAUGUACUGAAAAUCAUAUUUAAAAAUCAUUACCUCAAUUAUAGCAACGUUGCUUCAGAGAAAUCUUGGUUUGAAUUUCAAGAAAUGAAAGUUUAUUUUUUUUCUGACGUAAUUCCCCUACUGACUUUUCUUUCCUCAUAGAAGAUUUUGCGUUCAGAGUUAAACAUAGCCAACUUUUCUGUCUUUUGGUUUUUUUUUUAGGGACAAAAGAUAUCCCAUACAGUGUGAAAUUUUAAUUUAAUACCAUUAUCUUGAGUACUGCAGCGAAAAAAAGUUACCACAUUUUGCUGUGAUUUUGUUACCAAAGAACUACCUAAAUAUAUAUUUACAACCCCGAUUCCAAAAAAGUUGGGACAAAGUACAAAUUGUAAAUAAAAACGGAAUGCAAUG